UCUUUUAUUUACAUAGUUUCAUAUUUUUACCAAUUCAUUCCAGUUCAAUCAGUUUAAUCUUGACAACCCUAGAGAUACUAAUAUGGUUAAUUCGACUGAGUUUGAUAGGCUGAUUCCUGACAUUGUUGUAACCACCCCGCCAUUGGAGUUCGAGCAAUCUCUUCCCAGCAUUACAAUCUCCACAUAUAUUACAGAAGAUGACUAUGAUACCAGAUCUAUUAACCUAUUGGAGGAUAUUGAACCCUCCUUGCUGUACCCUGCUCAUCUAUACACACUGGCUGAAUCAUCUAAUCAGGAUCAUCUUGAUCUAGUUGAUACUUUUAUCCAGGAGCGACUGAAUUCCUUGGACAAUCGGAUAAAGAAGCGCACUAGUUCUUGCAAGUGCUCAGAGGACAUAGUCAGGAGUUUAGUUGACAGCCUUCAAUGCCCAGUUUGUUACAAGACUUCACUUGGUAACGUUUAUCAAUGUGAGCAUGGACACGUGAUGUGUGGAUCUUGUCGCAGUCGUCUUCGUUCAUGCCCAGUCUGCCGCGUCGUAUUAAACCAACCGAUAAGAAACUUAGCUCUGGAACAACUAGCAAGACUUCUUUAAAAGCAUAAAUUUUCUUGACUGAAGUUAACCAACUUCUUCUGACAAUGGCUUUAUUUUAGCCAAACCUGAAGACUGAAAGGGAAAUCCCUUGAGACAAAAAACCACUGGUAAAAUAUAUGAAUAAAGAUAUGAAAUAAAUUUGUUUAAGAUUAUAA